AGGAGCUCUCGGGAGAAGAACUGGCCAGAAGACUUCGAGAACGAUAUGCCCAAAGAGAUCAAAUUGUGGAAGAGCUAGCCUCUGUUCCACAAAGAAUGCUCAUGCCCAGUGUCAACGACCCCAAUCUGUGGCAAGUCAAAGUUAAGCCUGGUAGGGAACGGGAUAUUGUUCUCAACCUUUUCCGUAAAACCAUGGAUUUUGAAGCGAAAGGCAAACCCCUUCAGAUCAUCUCCGUCUUUGAACGCGAGUCCAUUCAAGGCUACAUUUACGUCGAAUCCCGGAGCAAGGAGGCCGUCAUCACGGCGUGCGCCAACCUCAUUGGUGUUUACCGGCGCGACCCUAUACUUAUCCCUAUCAAUGAAAUGGCACCACUCUUACAACUCAAGAAGAAGGAGUUCACGAUUGCUCCUGGUGCCUGGGUACGGCUAAAGCGUGGCAAACAUCAAGGUGAUUUGGCUCAAGUCAUGGAUGUAACCGACACCGGUGAGGAAGUGGGAAUCCGAUUCCUGCCAAGAAUCGACAUGAACCCCAAAGAAACCGAGCUUGGAGAUGGCAAAACGAAGCGAAAACGAGCUGCGACUGCCGUCGGUCGUCCUCCUGCUCGACAUUUCAACCCUGAAGAAAUCAUAAGGGUCCAUGGCAAGAAGAUGGUCGUCCGGAAAGGACCUAGUUGGAUCUACCAAGGCGAUACGUAUACCGAUGGCUUUGUAGAGAAGGAUAUCAGAGUUUCUGCCUUGGUCACCGAGAAUGUCAAUCCCACCCUUGACGAGCUAGCUAUUUUCCUUGGACAAGGCAAAGAUGGCAAUCAAGGAAGCGCAGCAAACUUGGAAGCUCUCGCUGAAGCAGUUCGUAGACCGGCAACGGUUGCAUUGCAGCCUGGAGACCACGUUGAGGUCUAUCAAGGAGAGCAGAAUGGCGUCCAGGGUGUCGUGGACUCUGUAAUCGGCGAUGUCAUUCUCAUCCGAGGUGCCGGAAUCGAGUUGGAAGGCCAGAUGAUUGAGGUUCCGUCCAAAUAUGUGCGCAAGCGCUUCACGCCUGGUGAACACGUCAAGGUCAUGAGUGGACAAAACACGGACGAGACUGGUAUGGUCGUGUCCGUCAAAGGAGACCUCGUUACGUUCAUUUCGGACCUGACAGAGACGGAGAUCACGGUCUUCUCCAAGGAUUUGCGAACAGCUGCCGAGGUCGGCUCCAGUUCGAAUGUGACUGCUGGUGUGAUCUAUCGUACCGAACGAGACUCGUUCCGCGUCCUCGACCAGAAUGGUCAAACAAGACUCGUCAAGCCUCACCAAAUUACCAUGCGUCGUGACUCGAGAAGGGUCGUCUCAACAGAUGCAGAAGGAAAUGAGUUGAGAGUGGGUGAUAAUGUCAAAGAGAUUGAUGGCGAAGGUCGGAAGGGUGUUGUCAUGCAUAUCCAUCAAGCCAUCUAUGCAUUCCUUCACAAUCGAGAGAUCGUGCAAGAUGGAGGCAUAUUUGUUACACGAUGUCGAUCAUUGGCCCCAAUUGCGCCGAAGGGUACUCCAAAACCUGGUGGCAUGGACUUGACCAAGAUGAAUCCCGCCGUUGCGGGUGGUAUGGGUGGCGCCCCUUCCAUGAGCAGAGGCCCUCGAGACAAGCUCAUUGGAACAAUCAUCAGAAUCAUCAAAGGUACCCAGAAGGGUUAUCAAGGUGUUAUCAAGGAUGUCAACGGUCCGCAGUGCCGAGUGGAACUUAGCACGAAUAACAGGAUUAUUACUAUCGAGAAGGACAAGCUGAGGAGAGACCUGGUGGAUUCGUUCAUCCAGGUCAGGCGAGGGGCGUGUCUGGAACUCCUGGAGGAUGGGGCUCCACAGGUGGUCGUACUCCAAAUCCGUACAAUUCAGACGGAGGUCGAACACCAGGAUGGGGUGCAUCUGGACGAACUCCAAAUCCCUAUGCUAGUAAUCGGACACCUGCUUGGAGUGCUGGGACUAACACCCCGAACCCCUACCUCGAUGGUGGUAAAACACCCGCCUGGAAC